AUGCAUGGUGCCAGAAACCAGUUCUUCAAGCUAACAUCACAUAGUUUUCUACCACCUCCGCCUCCGCGCUAUUCCGCUCCUCUUGCCUAUGCUGCCGGGGCUUCGAAUGGCUACCCGGUCCCUAUCCUCGAGACGACCAACGUCGUCAAACACCCAGAAGGCGGGUGUCCCUUACAGAUUGGCGAAGGGACGUACGAGCUCCGGGAUGAUGUCCACCUUGCAACUCCACCUCCACACCCCUCUGAACCACCGCAAAUCAACUAUAAUCCUCUCGUCACCACUCCUUUACCACUUACAUCCGGCGUGAAAGUGUCGCCUGUUAUAGUUAAGCCCCCAACCAACCCGCCCGACCUCUACAGAACGACUACGUUGGGAAGUACGGGAUCCAACCUCAAGAGCAUCAAAGAAAGCGACCACGAUGGGCUUCACUCUUCGGAAACGGGAAGUAGUACUUGUGCACCCGAUAGCACCGCCACGGCGUUUGGAGGAGGAAACCUUGCACUCUCGAUUUCACACACCAAGGAUUCAACCGGGUUGAAACGACGAAAACCGAAAAACAGUAUUAUCAAGAGCACAUCAUCCUUCAUUUCACGGGUGAUUACCAAUGACUAUGCAUUGAAGAAGCUAGCAGACAGGAAUCAAGAAGGCCUCUACGUUUUUGCGAACAUCAACCGCGCUUUCCAAUGGUUGGACUUCAGUGCGAAAAACAAGCAAGAUCAGCUUGUGAAGAUACUCUUCAUGAAGGCACACAUCCUGUCUCAUGAUGUCAAUGAGGUUACAAAAAGUGCCUCUCAUUUGGAUGUUAUCAUGGGGUCUUCCGCUGGGGAUAUUCUCUGGUACGAACCCAUGUCGCAGAAAUACGCCCGCCUCAAUAAGAACUCGAGUGUCAAUAGUUUUCCGGUGACCCAUAUUAAGUGGAUUCCGGGCUCCGAGAACCUCUUCAUGGCAGCACAUUCUGAUGGAUGCCUAAUGGUUUAUGACAAAGAGAGGGAGGACGCACCCUUUGUCCCGGAACAAUCGGAAGACUCCGAUUCCGUUGACGAAAAGGAUGAUGAGGUGCCUAAGCCCACGUUCAAGAUUCUCAAAUCUGUCAACUCGCCAAAUCAGAGAGCAAACCCAGUAGCAUGUUGGAAGCUUUCAAAUCAUCGGAUUAACAGUUUUGCUUUCUCUCCUGAUCGGCGUCAUCUUGCGGUGGUUGUGGAAGAUGGCACGUUGAGGAUAAUCAAUUACUUGGAAGAGAAGUUGCUAGAUGUCUUCACGAGUUAUUACGGCGGUAUACUCUGUGUCUGUUGGUCCCCGGACGGUGAAUACAUCGUGACGGGAGGACAAGAUGACUUGAUAUCAAUUUGGUCGUUCAAGGAGCGGAAAAUAGUCGCACGUUGCCAAGGGCAUAAUUCAUGGGUAACGUGUGUUUCUUUCGAUCCAUGGCGUUGCGAUGAGAGAAACUAUCGGUUCGGAAGUGUGGGAGAUGAUUGUCAACUUCUUUUGUGGGAUUUUAGUGUUGCGAUGCUUCAUCGGCCCAGAGCGCUUCAAGUGAAUGCCCGUCAUCGAAACAGCGUUGUCUCAAGCAGCUUCAGCGCGGCCAGUCGGUCUCGAACGGAAAGCAAUCUGACCGAGCGCCUACGAUCCAAUUCUACAUUGGCUGAUAGCCCGUCAGAUGAAAAAAGCGAGGAACCACUGUACCACCCUGUUGAGCCGCGGGCGAUGACUGCCCAAUUACCGCCUAUUUUGUCGAAAGUUAUUGCCGAGGACCCCGUGUGCUGGAUAGGCUUUCUGGAAGAUUCGAUCAUGGCAUCAUCACUUGAAGGGCAUAUUUUCACUUGGGAUCGCCCGAGCGAAAGUAGCAACAAGGGCCCGCCGCUAGCAAGCCCAACCUCUCGCGUUUCGCUGGAAUCGAAGCGGUCAACCAUCGCGUCUCGAUCAACAUGA